UGGACACUUGGCUAGAGGAAUUCAAUAAACUUGACACGACGUGUACGUAACAGCUGCUGCAAGGUCUGUCUGCUUUUGAAGUCUGUUGUACUACCGAUGCUUGAUGGUGAACCUUUUCAACCACAUCUAGUACACGUAUAAGGAUGGGGAGCACUGGUUGAAGGAUGAGCCAGUGGAUAACUAUAUGAGGUGAACACAAAUGGAGUUAUCUCCUUUGAUGCUGCAGUCUCAACUGUCAUUCCUCAAUCAUUUCCGUUGUCCGGAUUGUUUUUGAUUGCCCCGUAUUGGGCUGACGUGGAUACAAAUGGAACAGGUACUGUGUACAACAGGGAGACGCAAGAUAACGAUGUUCUAAGACGAGCUAGAAACGAUGUAAUGACGUCUUUUUCGAGAAGAUUCCUUCCAAUUUUUGUUUUCAUUGCCACUUGGGAUAGAGUUGGACACACUGGCCGGAUUGCAACAUUUCAGUUUGUGCUUAUGACAGAUGGAACUUCCUCUUUUGUCAAGUUCUUAUACGCUGAUGGUGAGAUGCAAUGGACCAAAGAAGAUGCCUCAGGGAGCACCAAUGGAUUUGGGGGAACCCCUGCACAAGUUGGAUUCAAUGCUGGUGAUGGGAAGAGGUUCUAUAUAGUGUGCCAGGCUCACUGACCAACAGAAUCAUGAAUAUUGAUUCCACUACCAAUGUGAACAUACCGGGUGUAUGGACAUUUCAAGUCAACGGUGAUAUUGCACGAUGCUCUGACCCUGAGGACAUGGAAAAUACUUCACUUGUGAUCACCCCAAGAGUUGGAAACAUGCUUGGAGGAACUGCAGUCUCCAUUACCAGCACAUGCUUAGAGGAAUCUGACAACAUAACUUGUCAAUACGAAGGAUUCGAUACAGUGGAUGCCGAUGUGGGGCUUUUAGAGCUAGAUGAGAAUCCAACUGUUGUGGCUGUUUGUGUGUCACCGGCAUUUUUAGAGCCUGGAUCAAAAACUCUUCGUGUCGUUGUCACAAAUAAGAAUGGAACGUUGAAGUAUGACAUUGGCACUCGAUUCUAUGCAGUACACAUUGAAGACAGUACUGAGGUACAGCACAAUUUGAACAUUCCAGUCAUUCUUCCUCAAACCGAAAUCUUGAUAACUUGGAAUCCUUUUAAUCUUCUUCCCUCUCAUGCCGAAGACCCGUCCUUCUACAAAGUCAAUAUUGUUCUUGUUGAGUUUGAUAUGAACACAGGAGAAUGGGAAGAUGUUGAGAUACUAGCAUCAGGUUUACCAAAUGUUGGGCAAGCAAAUGUGGUAAUCCCAAUUCUCAGUGUGCGUACCAAUAAUAACAUGGCUGUACGACCAAUUGCAAUUCAAGUUAGGAUUGGAGAUUUUUCUGGAGAUGUACUGCAACAAAUAAGGCCGAUUGUCCGGUUGUUGGUAAAUAUAGAGUCACUCUGUGGACGCCAAUUCUGUAUUACAUGAGUAGUAAUAAUCUCCGAUUAAGAUGUGAAGCUUGGUGCAAUGAGCAGCCUACAGAUAUCGGUAAAAACCUUCUUGAUGAACUCCCCCCUUGUCCACCUAGGGUCACUCAAGCUAGGUUAUUUAAUAGUGGCUUUGUUGAGGAUUCUGGUAUAAAUAUCAUUUUAAGCAGAUACGUCUUUCACGUUGGAUCGGAGACCUGCUUCAGAUCAAGAGAGGCAAGUCCCUCAGGUGCUGGACAGCAAUGUUGUUAUGAAAAAAGUGGAAACCUGUUGGUGGGUGCCCCAGGAGGAGGCUCAGUUGACAAAGUUUCCCCACAAAAUUUUCUUGGCCAUUUCCUAGAAGAUGUCCUUCCUGUUUUUCUCUGCUGCUUUGGACCCCUUAGUAAUUGUGAUGCCUAUUAUCAGAAGCGUCCUUCCGACAAUGGAGAAGGAUAUAACCCACCCAAUCCUGCAUGUGUCUAUGGAGAUCCCCACAUUGUGACUCUGGAUGGAUUUAAGUACACCUUUAACGGCAAGGGAGAGUACCUGAUAGCUCAAGUGGAUGACAUCUUCUCAUUUCAGGGACGAAUGACCCAAGCUGUGAAUCCUCAGGGAGACCCAGUUGGAGCUUCUGUCUUCUCCGCUGUUGCUAUGAGCGACGGUUCUAGUAUAAUCCAGUUUCAAAUUGGUUUUUCCGAUGACCCUGAUGCUCUUAUAAAUGGAACAUUUAUCGAUUUUACUGAAGUGUCUCUUCAACAGUUCAAUGGAGUGGCUGUCGAAAAAGAUGGAAAUAAACUUUUUGCGAGAUUCAAUAGCGGAGCGUAUAUUGAAGUCAGAGAAGAGAAUGGUUUCUUAUCAAUUCUGUUAGUGAGUUUUCCCAUUUUAUGGAAAGGAAGAACCCAAGGGUUAAUAGGAAACUACAAUGGGGACACAGCUGAUGACCUCACACCACAUACCGGGAAUCCCCUUUCGCUGGAUGCGGACUUGAAGACCAUCCAUGAAAUGUUUGGAGUUAUGUGGAGUAUUAACAGGCCACAAGACAGUCUUUUCACAUAUCCUGAGGGUGAGAGCUGGGCUAACUACACCUUCCCGAACUUUGAACCGACAUUCGAGGUAGUAUUUUCUAAUUCAUCCUUAGAGCAGGAAGCAGAUGACCUCUGUGGGGAUGACUUUUUCUGUCGGUUUGAUAUAGCCACAACUGAAAACACCAUGGUCGGACUCUCGACCCUCAAUGGAGGACAGGAGUUUGAAGAUAUUGUGAACAUUUCCCGACCAACUGUAUGUGAUCCACCACGCCUCAACGGGGCUUGCAUUGCCACAAAUACCUGCAGCUGCUCCGUCAGCUACACUGGGGUCAGGUGUGACGCGUCCCUCGUAAUGGAUUGUGACAUUAGUCCAUGUGAGAACAAUGGAAGCUGUGCGCUACUAGCUGGAUCCUAUAUUUGCACAUGCCCCUUCAAUUACAACGGAGUGAACUGUCAAAAUCCAGUUACAAAUGUUCGUCGAGUAAAUGAUUCUGUAAUUGGAGAUCCACUGAUGACCGUACCACUCUACCUCACCAACACCAGUGCACUGCAGAGCAAUAUCAAUCUCGGAGAAAAUGAAGUUAUCAACCUUUGCUUUGAAAUCUAUGGUCAAGCAGACGAAUACUUUAACCUCGUGUCCGACUCCUGUAUUAGUGUGAAUGCACAUUACCAGUGAGC